UGCUGCCACCAAUCUCGAAUAAAUCAUCUGACAGUAACACCGGACGAAUCAACAACUCACCUGAAAUUCAGUAUGAGGAGGAAAGUGAGGAGGAGCAUGUUGACUUUCUGUCUCUUAGCAAAAAAUGCUUGCCACAGAUUCAGGCAGUUACUGAAGCAAAGGUGAGAGAGAAGGUUCAGAAGUUCCGUGACAUCACUGAGGACUCUCUUCAGCGUAUGAUGGAUCGCUUGGACUUUGACUGCUUCUUUGACAGUGAAUGGUCCUUCCCAGAAGACAGCAACCUCCAUCGUGCUGUUCUCCUGCGCAACCAUGCUCUUAACCAUGGCAUAAUCUACCGACUUAACAGGCGAAAAACCGAGAUAGCUAGAGACAUCGAGUCAAUGGAGAGCUUCCAACAGUUAAGCAGAAAACCAUCCCAAGUCAUGACACUUGAACACCUAGAGAAUGGAGAGAUCAAAACAAACAACAGAGUUUUAAUUUUUGACCAGAACAAGGGAAAGACCUUUGUACAUACAGGCGAUCGUGAAGUGAAACUUGGAAAUUCUAUCUUAUCUGCCAUCAACAACUGCAAAGCAAAGAAGCUUAAAAAAGUUUCUAACAAGAAAUGUGCUCAGAAAUCCAAGACCACACCAUGUAAGUCUGUAAGUCAACAAUGCCACAUUGGCCCACCAAAUGGCUUUGUGAAUAUACCAAUCCGCAUCCAGAACCUACCACCAAUCAAGGUCAACAGCUUAGGCCCAAGCAACGUCGUCCACAGCUUAGCUGCAACAAAGCUUACAACACUACCAACAGUUACUCAGCUUCCACCUCAAACUAAGCAGCCUCGACAUAAGACCACCAAAAACGAAACAACCACCAUGGAAAAAUUCAACCAAUCAAUCCAUGGAAAAAAGCUGUGUGGAACCAAGAAGCGUGGGCCACAAAAGGCCAGCAACAAUAAGCGUACGGAGUAAUUCCGUACGCUUUGCAAGGUGAAUGUAAGG